CCGCCCUCAGUUCGCAAACUCUCGACAGAGCUAACGACAGAUCAAUCUUGUUAGAUAACCCCAACGGCAGCCGUUCAGUCUACCUUACACUACUGCCUGGUGUCGAAUGUAAAACCCGAAUGCCUCUGGAAUAGCAAAUCUUAGGUUAAUGACCCGAAUUGUGCGCGGACUGACCGACAGCGACCGCGUCAAACAUGCCAGAACGGGCUGGUCUAGGUAGCAUUGGCACCAACAACAAUGACGGCGAUAUCGACGUCGUCACGAGCGCCAGUCUUCUCAGCUGCCUCAACAUGAACUUCGAAUCCGAUGCUCAGGCGACCGCGGACGAAAGCCCAGUCGUGGAUCAGGCUGACGAGGAAGAGAGCCAUCCUUCAAACAACGAAGAUCCAGCCUCAGCUCAGGAUCCGCGCUGCAUCAUCGUCCACCAAGUCGACUGCGCCGGCUCCUCGCCAGCCCACUCCCGCCACCCAGAAAGCGAAUUGUUCCUCGACGCACCGCGCCUCUACAGAGGUGACAGUAAGGCUAACUCGCUUCGCGGGCGCUCACGCAUCUAUGAUCUACCCUCAUAUCUCGUAAAGCACCCCGAAAUCAGCUUCGUCGUCUACCGGUCCUACGGCUGCGUAGAAUACCACGACCUCGUGCUGGAGGAGCUCCAGAGAGCGCGGACCAGCGCGCCGGAGCAUGUCACGGGGAGGCAAGUCCUCCCGGAUUUCUUCGUCCUCGCCCGCGAUACCGACCCCGCGCUGCCGGAUCGAGAAUACAUGGAGAUCCACUCAGAGGGCCUCCGCGACGCGAUGAGCGCAGUGCAGGCGUUGCAGCCCGAGAACCAAGCACUGCUGUCUGGUUGGGAACGCGAGCACAACAUGCUGGCGCCGUACCUACACUUCUAUCACAUCCGCGGCCUCCUACAGGACAAGCGGGCGCUGCUGCCCGAAGCGCAGCAGCGGCACCUCGACCUCCUGCUCGAGUAUCUGGACAGCCAGUUCCGACGCGAAUACGACGAAGCAGACAGGAUCUUUGAAGAAGGCUACGUGACGAAGGGCCACCUCCACAAGCUCUUCGGCCCCAGCGAGGUGGUGGUGAAGGUCCAGGACGGGCAUCCCAUUGCGAUGGUGGCGAAGCACUGCCCUCUGUCUGGUUCGCAUCCUAUCAAGCUCGACUGCGAGGCGUGGGUGUUCGACGGCCGCUUCGCCAAGAGCACGAAGAAAGUCACUCUCCAGUGGCCUCAGGGUGAUUCCGUGCCCGAUAGGAUUCCUAUCUCAUCCCUCGCAUUGUACCCGCUGCGACUCGACCGGACGGGAAUGGAAGCCAGGCUGAGGAGGCGAGGCGAGAUCUUCUGGAGCUGUCGAAAGCGGCGCUUUGUGGGCUACGACGCAAGCGAGCAGACGUCCGAGUUCCAGGUGGCCAAUGGUCGCUACAUGGUUGACACGAAUAUGUAUCGGCAGCUCCAUGGCGGGGAAGACGACUCCGGCGGUGCGAACGCCGCCCGGGAGUACCUCGACCUAGAAGUUAUGGAGAUGGAUGUCCCUCCACCUGGCCAUUUCAGCCUCCUUCUUCCUCCAACAAUCCCCGGUUUUGGCUUUCACGACAAGAAAUGGAGGAGACUUGCGGUCGAGCACAUAUGUGCCGUGAUCUGGAACAAGAAGGCCUUCGAUCGACUGGUCCUCAGCGCCGACAAGAAAGAUAUCAUCGCCGCGUUAUUCAAAACGCAUGCCCAGAGCGCGAUGUCAACCGAUAGGGUCAAGGGCAAGGACAGGGGGCUAAUUAUCCUGCUCCACGGCGGACCUGGAACAGGCAAGACGCUCACAGCCGAGAGCGUGGCGGAGUUGGCGGAGGUGCCGCUUUAUCGGCUCACGUCCGGCGAUAUUGGGACCGAUCCGUCGGAUGUGGAGAAAUAUUUGGAGUCGGUUUUCUACCUAGGGAAUAUUUGGGGAGCAGCGGUGCUACUGGACGAGAGCGACGUUUUCCUGGAGGAGCGGUCCAUCGCAGACCUCCAGCGCAAUGCCGUCGUCUCCGUCAUUCUCAGGGCCAUGGAGUACUACGAGGGCAUCCUCAUCCUUACGUCUAACAGAGUGGGCACCUUCGACGAAUCGCUGAAGUCCCAUGUCCAACUAGCCAUCCACUUUCCCUCGCUCGGGACUGUUGAGCGCCGACAGCUCUGGCAGGACUUCGUCGAAGAGCUCACGGAGGAGGGUGACGGGAAGAGGGACAUCCGCAUCCAUAUCGACGAGUUGAGCCGGCACAAGCUCAACGGUAGGCAAAUAGGCAACGCGAUCCGCACGGCGCGGCGGCUAGCCUUCUACCAUGGGCAGGUCUUUAGGACCCGGCACAUUAUGCAGACGAUUGGGGUUGUCCAGGAGUUUGACGAGUACCUUAACAACGUGUAUUCCGAUGCGGAUUGGGCCCGGGAGGAGGGCAUACGUUAGGGUUUUGCUGAGGGUGGGAGUUUGCUCUAGGAUUGGCGUGAAGCAAGAAGGCCUUCCAAGGGGAUGGGUUCUGAAAGAGAAGACGGUUCGUUAAUAGUAGCGGAUAAGCAGGAAGUAACCGACAGCGCGAACUAACACUACUACCUAGGGGGCGGG